AUAGAAAGAGAAGGGUAUGAGGGACAAGAGAGUGAGUGACAAAGUAGUUGGUAAAGAGGAAGGAUAAGUCACAAGUCCCUGUCACAAGGCUCUUCCUGUCUUUCUGUGCUGUUUCAACCCACCACAUGGAGGCGAGCACCAGUGUUGUUCGGACAAUAGAGCUGAAUGAUGGCACACGCAUGCCCCUGCUGGGCUUGGGAACAUGGAAGUCAAGCAGUUCAGCAGCAGUGUGUCAGAGUGCGGUGGAAGCUGCCAUAGCUGCUGGUUACCGUCACAUAGACACAGCCUACAGCUACCGCAAUGAGGUCAAGAUCAGCAAGGCCCUCCUCUCCAAGAUGCAGCAAGGCAUCAUCCGACGACAAGACAUGUACGUCGUCAGUAAGUUGUGGAGUACACACCAUGCGACCCAUGACAUCCCAUUGUGUCUAAACAAGUCCCUGAGUGACCUGCAGCUGGACUAUCUGGACCUGUACCUGGUGCACUUCCCUAUUGGACUGAAGAAAGUGGAUGAUGAGCUCUUCCCUAUGAGAGAUGGAGAAAUGCUCACCACUGACAUUGACUAUCUGGACGUGUGGAAGGGGAUGGAGGCCUUGCAGGCCUCAGGGAAGGUGAAGAGUAUUGGCGUGUCCAACUUCAACGUCCUCCAGCUGGAGAGACUGCUCUCUGUGGCCAAGGUUCCCCCUGCAGUCAACCAGGUGGAGCUGCAUCCCUACCUGGUCCAGUCUGACCUGGUGGAGUUCUGCAAGUCUCGCAACAUCGCCCUCACUGCCUACAGCCCCUUUGGUUCCCCUGGAAGACCCAAAGACCUUCACUGUGGAGACACUGAUCCUGAGAAGCUGCUGGAGGACCCUGUGGUAGGAGACGUGGCUAAGAAGCACCGACGGAGCCCUGCUCAGGUGCUGCUGAGGUACCAUGUGCAGCAGGGUAUAGCAGUGAUCCCCAAAAGUGUCAAACCCAACCACAUCCUGGAAAACACUAAGAUCUUUGACUUCUCUCUGACUGAGGAGGACAUGUCAGCACUGAGAGGACUAAAUAGAGGCUGGAAGAGCUGCAUCAUCGACUCAUUGAAGUCUCAUCCAUACUACCCCUUUGAAUGACAGUCCCUGGGGAUCAGCGAGUUGAGACAA